UGUAAUAAAACAUUUUCCACUUCUUCUCAGUUCAGUUAUUUUCUCAGAGGACGCGGUGUUUUUUCACCAACGCUAGCAUUGAUCUCAGGCGUAAAUCGGCGCGUAUCGACGUUGAUUUGGAAUUUUCUUUGAAAAAAAAAUGGGCCAGUUGGCGGUGAAAUUUAAGGAAUGGCGUGAAAAACUGGAGUUGUCGCACGAGAAGACCAAGCAUGGUAAAUAUACUUAGUUUUAUUUACCGUUUACAGUGUUCAAUACUAGUUUAAUGCAUAACUUUACUUGAAGCAUAUCCUUCUUUGAAUCAUGCGAGUGUUUUCUUGAGUUGAAAGUAACUACAAACGAGCUUGAAUUAUUUUCUUCUUCUGAAUAUAUGGAUAGUAAGGCCGUUUAUACCGUGAUUCAGGUGAAGUUGGAUUACAGCUAGCAGCCAUCAGGCUUUCAGAGAAUACCAAAAACGUUUGCAGGAAGUGAGUCAAUAACAAGCGAUCUAAUUAACAAGAAGUAAAGAGAAGUCCCUGGAAAUGUUGUAUCUUUUAGGUCUCAACGAUAUAUUUGCAAUUUUCAAACAAUCGAUUCAGUUAUCGCCUUGGUUUAUAGCUGGUCAUUAAGAAUCAACGCCUUUAAGGGAGGAAUUAUAUACAAGCUUAAUAAUAUUGAGAAAUGUUAAAUUUGGUAAAGAAACUGCCUUAAUUCUUUUUGGGGGGAAAUGCUCAGUUGUGUGGUUGUGUCAGUUGUGAUAACGCGCUACAUCAGAGACAAGCUUCAACUAAUUGUUGCUGUGGAUAUUAAAGCAUAUAUCGGAAAUACUGAUUCCUUUAUUUUACAACAAGGACAGAGUCUGAUCUCUGCAAAUUUGAAUUUUCAGCUUGAGCUUAUGAUUAUCAAUAAAGAAGACUUGACACAAAUUUGUGAUUAUGUUUGACUGUUGGAGACUUUACGGCACGUUCGUCAGUAAAUCAUAAUAAUCGACAGAUAUUUUUUUAAGCAUUUGUCAGUAAGCGACACUGUGUCGAUCAGUGGCUCUGUUGCGCGGCUUGUGCCGUUUACUUCCUUGCGUCAGUUUUGUAAGACUUACAGCUGCGAGUGAUAUUCUCAGAUAAAGAGUAAAAAAUAAAAAAAAUUCACUUUAACUAACUUUAAUAUGGAGAAAGCAGCUGAGCAUUAGUUAUCUUUAGGUGAUAGCAGAUUUUCUUUUAAUAUUUUGUAGUGUAGAAAAAAUUGUCUCUGAAUGGAAUUCAUGAGUGCGGGAGAUAGUAAUGGAACAGGAAUGAAAUGAUCUUUUUCAGCAAAGCCAUUAAUUAAGAAAUAAAUGCAUAUUAAAUGCAUCACGUAUAAAACAUGUCGCCCUUCAUUUCCCACUGCUCUGCUUUGGGAAUGACGCAGGUUAUGAUUGAUUCUUUUAUUAGACCAUGGAAAAAUGAUAUACUUUUCGCUUGAUUUCAUUUUGCGCGCGAGCGACGAGACAUUUUGUGGCCUGUAAGGCGCCUUCAUAUCAUGAAACCUUUGUUAUGAUCUUUUUUGAGGGGGGGAAGCGAGAAAAGUAAAGAGACAUGAACGGUGUCCCCUUUCCACAUCCUAAUUGCUGUUUUAAUAUUGUACCGUAGAAAACCAAUAUUGUAUUUGGAUAUAUUCUUGCAGCCUCGUCACAGAAUUCGCGUCAAGAGAAGAGGUCCUUAACCUGGGAAAGCAGGGAUACCUCGCCGACCAGAGAUGAUGGAAGCAAUAGCUCGUACGGACAAGAGUUAUUUCAAAAAUUAGACAAGUUGGAAAGCGUCAUGGAAAACCAACGAAAAUUUCUCGAGGAUCACGAUAUCAAGAUUCAGGAAAUAGAAAAUGUUAUCAAUAAAAUUAUGAAAGAUAAAAGAAGACAAGAAGAAGAUCAAAUAGAAACCACAGGUGAGAAAGAUCAUCGGAUGAAGCUCGUUCCCAGGACUCUCUCCUCCCCCUGCGCGAGAGGGAAGUUUUCUCUUCCCUAGUCUUCGUCAACUAUUAAAACAUGACCUUCUUCGACAAGGCCAGACACAAUUUCAUGGCUACACUUCACUCCUUGACCACUACGCUCAGUACAGACAAAUCUCCCAUUUAAUUCCCCCCUCUCCCUCAAAUUCGUUUAUUUGUUAUCUCCCGCUCGCAGAUUCUAGGAGACACGUGACCACACCCAACCAGGGUCUCUCUCUAUCUCGCUCCGUUUGAAGAGUGGGAAGGAACCCUAGAAACGAGAUUGCUUUCAUUCAUGCUUACAGACCACCGGUACUUAAGGAACUGUCUUAGGGAGGUGUUCGUUUUGUAGAGUGUCAAAGAAUUCGAAUAAAUAAAAACAGGGACUAAACUCUAGGUGUUAUAAAUAAGAUUAUCUUAUAUUAUAUAAAAGAAGAUCAUCGCAGUUAUAGAUGAAACUUUUCCAGUUGCGAAAAGAAAGCCCCGAUUUUUUUUCAGGUUUGUACGGGAUUCGAACCCUUGACCUCUGCGAUACCAGUGCAGCGCUCUACCAAUUAAGCUAACAAGCGAACUGGGAGCAGGUCAUGAAUUGGUUCGUAUUAUAUUAAACCCGUGAAAGGAUGAUGAUGAAGUUAUGAAUAUAUGAAAACCAUAUAUGUGAACUGCGCGGUGAAGAAUUAUAUGAAAGAAGAUCAUCGCAGUUAGAGACGCAACUUUGACAGUUGCGAAAAGAAAGCCGACAAAGCCUGAUUAUCGUUACCGUAUUAUCGUUAGGGUCACACCAUGUUGUGUCAUUCCAUGUGUUAUUUCAAGCCUAGAUUUGAAUUUAGCAAUUCAUUUAUUCAUUUAUCCCUCGCUCUUUCCAUAUACUGUAUUCAUUGAUUUCUCUCCUUUUUUAGAGAUUCAGUUGAAACCGGAAACAUUGUUUGAACGCCUUGUCAGACCACCAGCCAAUGAACAGGAAGACCAGGCUGCGACACGUGAUCUGUGGAAGAUGUUUGAAUGCCAUGAACAGAUUCUGAACGAACAUGAAAAGAGACUGGAGAAUAACAUUACCAAGAUAGAGAUUAUCAGAGAAAUUUUGGAACAGCAGAAAGGUACUUUUCAAGCAGUUAAGGCUGGCGUCAAUGGUGAAAAAGAUCAAAUCACAACCUCUAAAACAGUUCUUAUUUCCUAUAACCGAUCUCAAUAUACUUGUAUCUAAGUAUCUAAACUGACAAACGGUUUUAAAAAACUGAAAUUUUUUUAAGGCUGUAAUUCUACUGGAUAUAGCAGACGAGUACGGCUCUCUUGAAACUCCCUCAGUAACACGUCGGCAGGGCGAAUUCUGAACAUUAUUAAGAGAAAAGUAAGUUCAUGUAAUUGUUAAUCACCAGCAGGCUCAUGGGCUCAGUCACUCACACUUGGGAAGACAACUCGAGGUGUUGACUCCCGGGAAUUAUUGGUGGGGGUGUGCCGCCCAGUUCUCCAAACCCUGACCCUAUUUUCAGACCAAAAAACGUCAUUUUUCAGAGGGGGGAAGGGGAGGGGGGGCACGUAUCUAUAUGCUAUGUGGCUUAUAUAAGGGAGUACCCCCAUCCCUUAGGGAUGACAAGGACUAUGUGCUCUUUACUUGUACUGUUAACCGCCAGUUUAGUUUCUCUAUUCAACUUAGUUUAUUUUUUCUUCCCCUUAAUUCAAAGGAAAACAGGAGAAAAGUGUGAUAAAGAAACUCAAAGAAUAUGAGGGACUGCUGAAGAAGCGCUGUGAAAGCUACGAGGAACUGAAGAAGGAAGUGGAAGAGCAACUUCAAAUUCACCAAAAACUUCAAGAUAACUUACUAGCUGGUUUUCUUGUGGGCUUUGUGAUUAUGGUUCUCAUUUGUAUGCUGCCAAGAACAUUAUUAGCUUCUGGAUAAUUGUUCCAUUAACUGCAAAGACUAUGAGCUAUAUUACAGAGAGAAGGACAUGAUACUAAAGUAAACUAGUUGGCAUCAUAAAGCGGUAUUUCAUGACUGUCUAUUUCUUGAAGCAAGUACAAUGAAAA